GCCUCCUCCGCCGCCCGGCUACCGCCUCCACAGCUGCCCUUCCUCCUCUCGCUUCUGCAGCAAUGGUCAACUCCUCGCCUGUCCACCCAGCCAGCCUCGUCGACUCGACCUCCCAUUCACCGGCUCUCCUGGAGCUCAUCGAGAUCAGCUUGGGCCGCAACCUCAUCGAGCACAUUGUGGACACUGUCGCCGAGACGGUGGACUAUGCUCUCGGGCGCCCCUCAUCCUCCACUCGUGGUCGCUCAAUGUCGCGCCACUCAGAACAGACCAAGUUCACCAAGUUCGUGACCGAUGUCAUCUCCAAGGCCGAGGUCAAGGUACCCGCCCUCCUCGUCACCCUCGUAUACAUCAACCGCGCGAAGCCCCAUAUUCAAAUCGCCCUCGAGCAAUGGGCCCACGAGCGCGUGUUCCUCGGGGCACUCAUCCUCGCUAACAAGUACCUGAACGACUCCACCCUCAAGAACGUCCACUGGGCGCUCUGCACCGGAGUCUUCGGCAAGCGCGACAUCGGCCGGAUAGAACGCGAGUUCCUCGACGUCCUCGACUUCGAGCUCGGCGUCUCAGAAUCCGACCUCCUCGCACACCACGACGCGCUCCUCGAGCUCUCGCACGCGCCGCGCCUCCCCGCGCGCCCCGCGCACCAACACCACGCCCGCCGGCGCAGCUCGCCGCUCGGCUCGCGCUGGAGCGUCGACUCCAGCGAGAUGGACGUCGACUCCGAGUCCUCUUUCGAGAGCGUCUCGCUUCCCCGCACGCCCGAGCCGCACGCUCCCGCUGCGGUUCCAUUCCCGGCCACCAAGCCUGCCGACUCGCAUGUGCACUUCGCGCACGACGACGGCCACGAGCACCACCACCAUCAUCGGGCGCGCUCCUCUGCGCUGUCCAUCCUCCGCUCUUUCCCCAUUCCGCAUUUCCACUCGCACCACCAGCCGCACGCUGCGACGCCAAUGCCGCAUAGUGUGGCCGCGAUCGCGCAGCCAUAUCACCACCUCGCGCCUCCAGCUGCGCACGCACUACCAGUGCGCGCAUGAAGCCUCUCCCUCUCGCGCCUUCAACGACGCCCCCCUUCGCCCUUCGCUGUACAAAAGCAUUGGCUCGCACGAGCCUAAGUUAUUCCUCCAUUAGAUCGUAUCCUGCUGUUGAUCUACCAUACACUCCCUCGCUCCUCUCUCUCUUCCAGCCUUCGCGCUGUGUUGUCUGAUCGCAUUAUUCCGUGUCGCUCCAUUUCACUCCGCCUCGCCCACACAAUAUUUCUUACCCCGUACGCAAGCAGCCCCUGCAUUAAUCACCGGCCGCCCCUCUGCACAUUCCAUUCCAUCAUCUGUCCCCGUCCUGUCGCACGCAGCGCACUCAUCACUCCAUCACCAUACGCAUACUGUACCACUACUAGUAGCUUCUCCUUAGCACACAUCGCAAUGCAACGAACACGAAACGUCGAACACCC